AUGAAAGAUCAAUCGUCCUCAUCAUCAAAAAAUAAACUCAAUCUCAGUAUCAAUACUUCAACAUCAGAUAUAAUUCCACAAUCACCAAUUAUACAACAUCCAACGACUCCAACAUACGAUCAUUCAAGAACUGAAGAUAUUUUUGAAAGUCCAAUAUCUAGUUCAAAUAAUAGUUUAAGUGAAUCAUCAACCGCAACAACAACAAUUACAACACCAACAUUCAAUUUCAACCCUUUAAAGAAAUUUAAAUCAAUGGAUGAUCCAUUGAAUAGAUACAUAUCUCCAAUAAGUUGUUUAUAUAAUUCCGAAAAUGAAGUUGAAGAAUUGAAAAGAAAUAAACUAAGAAAAGAUUUCAACUUGAAUUUUGAAUUAGAUGUUGAAACUCCAAUUUUAAAAUCACAAUCACUACAACGAAAGCCAAAGAGGAGGAAGAAGAUUGAUUUGAAUAAAAUUCAAUUUGAGACUGAAGGAACAUUAAAACUUAAAAAGAAAAUCAAACCACCAAGUUUGAAUAUAACUCCGAAAAUAUCACCUAAAACUAUUGAUAUGGUUCACAGUCCAACUGAAUCUAAAAUUUCCAGACUGGCUCCAAUUACUCCUAGAAAACUACCUCCAAGAUUGAAAAUUGAAGUUGAUGAUGCUGAAUAG